ACAUGGCCGCCCAAAUUUCGAUAUAUUUUAAACUUUUUGAUUUAAACAUUAAAGUUUGAUUAACUAUGGCUUGCCUGGGGUAAACGAAAAGGAAAAGAAAUACAAUGGUUUUACUUAAACUUCGUACUUUAUAUUAGCUUGCAGCAGAGUAUUUAUGAUGAGUUCAAAGGAUAAUUUCAACAGCAAGUCAAAAAAAUAUCUAAGUGCUAUGAAAGAUGUCCAGAAGAAUGGAAUGAGUUUGAGAGCAGCUGCAAAAAAAUGGGGCAUCCCUAAAUCAUCUCUUUAUGAGCGAAUUUGUGGCAGGGUGGAAUAUGAUCGACGUUCUGGUCCCCCACCUAUUUUAACAAAAAAGGAGGAGAGGUACCUGGCAAAGUACUUGUUAGAGAUGGAUAAAAAUGGCCGCAAACUGACUAAGAAUAAUGUUUUUGAUAUUGUGAAAAAAAUGCUGGAUGAGGCGAAACGCAAGACACAAUUCACAGAUAAUAGGCCAGGUGAGAAGUGGCUUCGGCUUUUCUUGGCUCGAAAUAAUGUUAAACUCCCUUGCCAAAAGAAACGUGCAAAGACUUUGUGCAAAGAUGGUGCCGUGAGAAAAUGGUUUUCUGGCUAUGAACAGCUCAUUAGAGAACACAGCCUAGCUGACUGCCCUGGCCAAAUAUGGAGAUGUUAUGAAACUUGCUUUAAUCUGCAAGGAAGUGCUGGCAAGGUUGUAGGCCUGACUGAAACAGUUGAUACUGCCUCUAAUGAGCAGCUUACAUUGUUAUCAUGCUUUAGUGCAUGUGGCCAGCAGUGGAUUCCUCCAUUUCUUAUAAUUCCUGGCAAAAGGAUACCAAGAUCAUUCAACCCUUUGGAAGGAGGGGUGACUGGCUGCAAUUUUACCAUCACAGACAAGGGCAGCAUGGAUGAUUCUGCCUUGUAUAUAUGGUUUGAGGACCAUUUCAUUCCUAACCUUCCACCAGAGCGACCAAUUGUGUUACUGAUUGAGUCAGGAACUACUGACAUGGAUGUCAUAGAGGUGGCUGAAAAAAAUGAAAUCAAGAUAUAUGAGAAUACAAACUGCCUUGCUACAGAAGAUUCCUUUUCCUGUGCUCUGAAAGAAACUUGGAGCAAGCGCAUCAUAAAAUACAGCAAGACGAAUCCAAACACAGACAUUACAAAAAAGAACUUCUGUUCAGUUUUCAAAUCUGCUUGGGAAGCACUAAUGCAACCAGAGACCCUGAUCAAUGCCUUUCGUAUCUCUGGAGUGUUUGAUGCAUCUCAAAUAACCAACGAUCACCAUGAUGACCAUUCAUCAGCGACACCUUGCUCUCCAUCAUUGUUGACGAUGGACACAACAGGACCCAGCAUGGUUGCAACCGUUGAAGUUGAGUCUUCAGAAAUAACUGAAACCAAUCCCUGUUCUUCAGAGGAACCUAAUUAAUUUGACUUCAAUGUUAGCAUUUCAUGCAUUGGGUGGGUGAAGUGGUGAACACUCUAACAUUGCUCAAAAUAAAAAGCAAGUCUCGGAUAGUCAAGUCAUGCCACACAUUGGUGAUUUAAUAUGUGGCUAUCCCUAUCUCGAUCUGCCCCCCUCUCCCAAGUAGUUAGGCUAGGCUAGAUCCAUGUCUAUUGACAAUAAUUGCAAUUUAAUUGUUUGUUUGCUUGUUCCCUUUUUCAUAUUUAUUGUGUAUGAGUCGAGUUCAAUUUCAGUUGUUCAUAUGUCAUUACAUACAUGACAUGUUAUUAUGUUAUAUCAA